AUGGAGACCGAUAAACCAAAUCAAAAAUUGGUUUCGGAAGUUCCAUUAUCUUCUCGACCUGACCAUGUUCAAGAAGUUCGCUCUGGUAUUCUUCACUAUGUCAACAAGAAAAAUCCUGGAUUCCAAGGUAUAUUGAAACAAAGAUACACUGAUUUCUUGGUAAAUGAGAUAUCACUAGGGGGCGAAGUUGUGCACCUUAACGAUGUCAGAGCCCCAAAAAACAUUCAAAACCCAAAUGCAGCAAACACCAAGGCUGAUUCAGCAGGCAUUGUUGAUGAGAAUCAGCCAGCAGCUGAACAGUCUGGACAGACUGAACCCAUGCAGCUCACUUCUACCAAUUCUGCUGUCACUGAAGUGUUGUCCCUUGCGGAUACUGUCAAUAGCUCCACGUCUCUAAUUACUCCAGCUACCGAAGCCAGUGGUGGUGUUACUGAACAGCCAUCAGCUGAAAAACCAGUUGCUAAUCAAAUCAAAGAGCUUCGACUCAACGACAUGGAACUUCUUGUUGAAUAUUUUGGUAAUACAGUAGCGCUCCAGAUCAUUGAGCUCGACGCAAAGAUCCAACACAAACCCAAUGCUAAAGCUGCUUCGUUUGGCUCUGUUCAAUCUGAACCCAUUGAUGACAGACCCCGCCGUGGACGUAUUCAUGGAUUUGUGCGUUUACGUUUUGAGUCUCGUCUGGAGACUGAAGCUUUGGAUGACAAUUCUAUCAAGAUCUUCGCAGCAGCUCCACAAAGACAAGGUGACAGAGGACAAAAUCAAGGUGGCAGAGGACAACAGAAUUCCGGGCGAGGUAAUUUUCGGGGCCAAUUGAAUGGCCAGCCCAAACCCAAGGGAAAAGUCGGAUGGCAAGAACUUGGGGGAGAAUACCUCCAUUUUACACUCUACAAAGAGAAUAAAGACACCAUGGAGGCUGUCUCGUUGCUGGCUAAGAUGACGAAAUCUGGUUCCAAAGAUUUCGCCUACGCAGGUACUAAAGAUCGUCGAGCAGCCACCGCACAACGUGUUAGUGCUUUUCGACACCAUGCCACAAACAUGGCCGAGCUCAACAAAAAGCUGAGAUAUGGCGUAAGAGUUGGCGACUUCAAGCAUGAGAAGUACCCACUCAGACUGGGUGAUCUGGAAGGCAAUGUUUUCACCAUCACGCUACGCGAUUGUCAUUUCGGCGACGAUGCUGUCAUGGAUGAUGCUACUAAGGUCCAAUUGGCAGAAAAGGUUGUUGGUGAUGCUAUUGAACACCUUCAAACCUGUGGUUUCCUCAAUUACUUCGGCUUGCAACGUUUUGGUACCUUCGCAAUCGGCACACACGAAAUCGGCAAGUUUAUCUUGAAAGGAGAUUUCAAGGGCGCUGUCAAUGCUUUGCUCACUUUCAACGAGGAUGCACUCGCAGCAGCUCAAUCGGGCCAAGAUGGAAGUACCAUUGGUAGAGAUGAUAUUGGACGCGCCCUUGCUAUCCACAAGUUUCGGGAAACUGGCAAAAACCACUGUAGGGACCAUCUCCCAGGAAGAUUUGCUGCGGAGAAAUCUGUCAUCCAACACAUGUCUUCAGGCCGCAGUCGCGAGGAUCAUACAGGUGCUAUACUUUCCAUCCCACGACACCUCCGUACAAUGUACGUGCAUUCAUAUCAAUCUUUCAUCUGGAACAUCGUAGCUUCCAAGAGAUGGGAACGCUAUGGAAAUAAGGUUAUUCAGGGCGAUCUUGUUUUGUCAGACAGUAAAGCCCCCGAACAAAAAGAUGAAAUUGAUGAAAAUGGAGAAGUUGUGGUUCACGCAUCUGGAGGGGAUGCCGCACUUACUUCUGAUGAAGUAUACCAGCGUGCUCGCUGUCUUUCGGCUGAAGAAGCUAACAGUGGAGCAUUCACCAUCUUCGACAUUGUUCUUCCAAUGCCCGGCUAUGAUAUCGAAUAUCCCAGCAAUGAUAUUGGAGACUAUUACAAGGAAUUUAUGGCUAGUGAGCAAGGUGGUGGUCUGGAUCCUGCUAAUAUGCGUCGAAAAAUCAAGGACUUUAGUCUUAGUGGUAGUUACAGACACCUCAUUGGCCAGGUCAAAGAGGGCUUGAGCUUCGAAGUCAAAACCUACUACGAUGAGAAGGAGCAGUUGGUUGAGACUGAUUGGGAAAUCAUCGAGAAGCGCAAUGCCCAACAGAAUGGUCCCCGCCAUAUCCCAACAACCCACGUCUUUACUAGGAGAGAUGGCGAACCACAUGGCUAUGCCUCACUCCGGGAGACUAGCUGUCCUCAGGAUAACGACCAAAAGAACAACGGUCACCAAGAGAACGGUCAACAGGAUAACAAUCAUCAAGAUAAUGGCCGCCAGAGCAACCGAGGUGGAACACGACAAGGCGGACGUGCUCGUCACAUGGCCGAUUCUGCAGAACAAGGUCGCCAGAACCAUGCUGUCUAUGGUGGUAGCGCUCAGCACAAUGCUUGGAAAGCACUCCCGUCUAAACUUGCUGAAGAGGACAAGGCUGCGGCUGAGGCCUGGGAGAAAGAAAAGCUAAAGCCUAUCGAUUUGGAUUCUAUUAAGCAGCCAAUCUAUCAGGAGACAUUCAUACAAACUUCUGCGACUAAUGAGGGUCGUCGUACUGGGGUCAGACUUCAACAAAUUCUCGGCUCGAAGAAUGAGCUCCUCGAAGGUAAUGCCUUGAAGGAUGCAGCAGAUACCGAAAAGAUUACAAAGAUUGAAGUCGCUGGAAUUCCGGUCGCCGAGUCUGAUGACGACAAUGAGAUUCAAGAUGGAGGCGUCAAACUUGAAGCUCCGGUCGGGCUGAAGAGAUCUGCCGAAGAGAUUUCGAAAGGUCCUGUUGGCGAGAACAAUAAAGCAGAAGCAGUCAUCGAAGUUGUUGAAAUAAAUGAUCAGAAGGAUGACAACCCCGCUGUGAUUCAUUCUGAGAUGAAGGGGGACGCUGAUACAUCUGAGCCGGUCGAGCCGUCUUCCAUUGAUACUGAAAUGGCAGAUGCGCCAGCUACGGAGGAAGUUGCUGAGGAAACGAGAUCUGCGCGACUUGCAGUUGUUGUCAAAUUUGGUCUUGGCUCAAGCAUGUAUGCGACAAUGGCCCUUCGAGAAUUGAUGCAGCAAGGAGGUGUCCAGGUCUAUCAACCUGACUUUUCUUCCGGCAGAUAA